AUGAAAAAAAAAAUGAGUGAUCCACUAAAACGUGUCGCUAUUGUUGGUAGUGGUAAUUGGGGUUCAACCAUUGCGAAGAUCGUUGGUAAUAAUAUUGAAAAAUUCAAUACGUUCGAAAAUGAAGUACGAAUGUAUGUAUAUGAGGAAGUGGUCGAUGGACGAAAACUAACUGAAAUUAUCAAUCAAGAACAUGAGAAUGUUAAAUACUUGCCUGGUCAUAAAUUUUCACCAAAUGUUGUCGCAUAUCCCGAUGUAGUUGAAGCAGUCAAAGACGCUGAUAUCUUGUUGUUUAUUCUACCACAUCAAUUCGUUGAACGAACAUGUCUUGCAAUCAAAUCACAUGUGAAAAGUACUGCCUUUGCCGUGUCAUUUUCUAAAGGUUUCUAUGUUGGCAAGGAUAAACAUGUCGAUCUGUUAUCCUCGGUAAUCAGCCGAUCAUUGGAAAUACCUUGCUAUGUGUUAAUGGGUGCAAAUAUUGCCACCGAAGUAGCAGCUGGUACGUUCUGUGAAGCAACAGUUGGCUCACGUAACUACGAACAUGGACAAUUGGUAAAAGGACUUAUCCAAACGGAUGAAUUUCGAAUUGUUAUUAAACCUGAUACGGAAGUUAUCGAAGUUCUUGGUGCGUUGAAGAACAUCGUCGCUGUUGCAGCAGGUUUCUCCGAUGGAUUGGGUUAUGGUGACAAUACCAAAGCAGCUGUUAUUCGUCUUGGUUUAAAAGAAAUGGUAAAAUUUUGUGAAGAAUUCUUUCCCGGACAUCAUCCACAAAUCUUUCUAGAAUCAUGUGGUGUUGCUGAUCUCGUCACGACUUGUUAUGGUGGUCGUAAUCGUAAAGUUGCCGCAGCAUUUGUCAAAACUGGCAAAGAUAUAAGAACACUCGAAGAAGAGAUGCUGAAUGGGCAGAAAUUACAAGGGCCUGAUGCUGCUGCUGAAGUACAAGAAUGGUUGAAAGAAAAAGGACAAGCAAACAAAUUUCCAUUAUUUGCUGCUGUUCAUGAUAUCUGUGAACGUCGAAUGGAUCCUAAAGCAUUAAUCGAUGCUCUUCGUUACCAUCCAGAGUUCUGGUAA